CUUCCCAGAUAAUCUCUUGGGAAUUUCCUGGGUGGACAGCUCCUGGAUUCCAAUACUAAACAAUGGGAGUGUGUUGGACUAUUUCUCAGAGCGAAGUAACCCAUUCUAUGACCGAACAUGUAACAAUGAAGUCGUCAAAAUGCAGCGGAUGACCUUGGACCACUUGAACCAGAUGGUUGGAGUGGAGUACAUUCUUCUUCAUGCUCAAGAGCCCAUUCUCUUUAUUAUCCGAAAGCAGCAAAGGCAAUCUCCAACACAAGUUAUUCCAUUGGCUGACUACUAUAUUAUUGCUGGAGUGAUUUAUCAGGCACCUGACUUAGGGUCUGUCAUUAACUCCAGAGUUCUCACUGCAGUGCAUGGAAUUCAGUCUGCUUUUGAAGAAGCUAUGUCUUACUGUCGUUAUCAUCCAUCCAAGGGCUAUUGGUGGCAUUUCAAAGAUCAAGAAGAACGAGAGAAAGCUAAACCAAAAGCCAAGAAGAAAGAAGAACCAAGUUCUAUUUUCCAAAGGCAGCGGGUCGAUGCUUUGCUUUUAGACCUAAGACAAAAGUUUCCACCCAGAUUUGUUCAGCAAAAGCCUGGAGAAAAGCCUAUCCCAGUGGAUCAAAUCAAGAAGGAGCCAGAACCAGCACCUGAAGCUGUCAAGUCAGAGGAAAAAGAGACUGUAAAGAAUGCUCAGCAGAGCGCUGGUGCUAAAGGACCACCUGAAAAACGGAUGAGACUCCAGUGAAGGGAGAAGUUGUUACACAUCUGGAUUAGUCAGUACCUGGAAAACAAGAGAUUCUUGCUCCCCUUUCUUUAUAUUUAAGCUCUUCCACCGAGACUAUUUGGGGACUGAAGUCCCUGUAACAGCUUUUUCUGUAGAAAUGUGUCACACAAAUGUUAAUGUUGGGAUGUGAGCUGCCUCAAAGAAGAUGUUUUCAAUCUUCAUCUUAUUUUGAGUGUUGGCUUCUGAGAAUGGUUUUUACAUGGACAUAGUUUGCAGCAUCCUGAAAUCUUUAGGAACUCUUGCAUCCCUUGUGUCUUGGUUUCCUAUGUAAAAAGAAAAAACUUUUGUAUAUUAAAAAAAAAACCUGAACUCUAGGCAAAUAAAACUCCUGGCUGCUGGAA